AUGAUAGCAAAGCGAAGUCGCCCCUUCAAUGAUGGGGAUUUUGUAAAAGAAUGCAUAGAAAUUGCUGCUAAGAAAAUGUGUCCAGAAGCAGCAAAAAAGUUUGAGAAAAUUCAACUGAAUCGUAUGACUAUCCAAAGACGAAUUAUGUCUUUGUCAGGUAAUAUUGCGGAACAAUUAAAUGAAAAAACUAAGAUCAUUGAAUUUUUUUCAUUAGCACUCGACGAAUCCACUGAUAUUAGUUCCACAGCUCAACUUUUGAUAUUUAUACGAGGUGUUACUAAAGAUUUUGAAGUCUUAGAAGAGUUAUUAGGAAUGUGUUCAUUGAAAGGUCAAACCAGAGGAGUUGAUAUACUCAAUGUACUUUUGAAUGAGUGUUCAAAAACAUUAUCGGGAGUUGCGACUGACGGUGCUCCUUCGAUGAUUGGUGUCAAUUCUGGGCUAGUUACUUUGCUGAAAAAGCAUCUGCAAAAAAAAAAACAUAAACGCUGA